AACCGAAAACAUUUUAAAAAUUUUCAAAUUUCUAGUGCUACCAGUACACAAGCAAUAGUGCCAUUCAUAAAUGAACGUACAAGUUUUGGCACAACAAUUUUUUUGAAAAAUUCUGGCAUCUCCAACUUUGACAGUUCUCAAAAUUCCCAGUGUUUAGCCUUAAGAACAGAAUUCAAAAUCAACGUUUUGAUCAAAAUUUAUCGAAUGCUUAACCUGAAGUUAGAAAAGCAAACUUGCGAAGAACGCGUUGAAGCCGCAUGCUAUUCGAAAAAUUGUACGUAAUUCGCAAUACCAAGAUUAAAAAUAUAAGACAACAUUUGGGAAUUCUAUUUUUGGCAGCUGGCUGCACACUGAACACGUGUUCUAUCUGUUCUAUUUUAAUAUAAACCAAAGAUUGAAAAUACCUUAGAGAGCAAUAAUGGCGAAAGUAAACGCAAUAGAAAAAAAAUCACAUAAAAUAGCGGACGCUGCGGAACCUACUUGUAAAGCGAAAUCUACAGCAAAAAAGUUAAAUGAAAUGAUAUUCCAUGCGACCAAGUCGAAGGUAACUAGCCCUUUGCACAACCCCCAUCGUACCAAUCAUACAAUUUGUAAAUACACAACACAACAACUGGCACCAACAUUACCAAAUAAAGGAAAGAGAAACUCUUCCGCAAAACCAAAUCAUAGUAAUAAUAAAAACACCGAAAAAGCGGUUGAACAGGUCAAAGGUUUGACCCCUGAAGUAGCGGCAUCUAUGCAGCGAAGUAAAAAUGAAGAGGCUGUCAGUGAUUUGCUGACGCGAAUCCCUGAAAUCAGUAAUAUAUUUGAUGUCCAUUCGCGCAUUGGAAAUGGUACUUUUAGCACGGUUUUACUUGCUACGAUGAAAAGAGAGAAGCACUUACCGGAUCAUUUGCGUAAAAAAUAUGCAAUAAAGCAUCACAUACCGACUAGUCAUCCGGAUCGUAUAAAAAAGGAAUUGCAAUGUAUGGCCACUAUGGGGUAUGUAUUAUAAAAGUAUUAUCAUUAG